AUAAUCAGUUUUCGUUGGUGAUCAACAGAAGCCGCGACGCGCCGAAACUGUGUAAAAUCUAAAAAUACUACUAAAACAAUAAUUACGUUUAAGAUUAAAACCUUAAAAUGAGUGGUCCUAACGGGAUGUUGUACGGUGGCGAUGAGAUAGGCGCUCUUGUGUUCGACCCGGGUCACCAUUCUCUCAGAGUUGGUUAUGCCCAAGAAGAUACUCCUAAGGCUGAUAUUCCAGCCGUAGUUGGCGUUGGACCAGCCACACACGUUCCUGAGCCAGAAGAGAAGGUUCCAGAUGGAAAUGUCACGCAAACCGGAUCCAAAGCCGGUAGUGAACUUCGCCACUACAUAGACGUGACAGAGCUACACGUGCCCCGAGCGGGCAUGGAAGUGCACACGUACAUGAAAGACGGACAGGUCGACAACUGGGACCUGUUUGAGAAGAUGCUUGAUUAUUGUUAUGCUAAGGUAAUCCGAUCCCCAUCAGAACACCAUCCAGCGCUAUUCACAGAGGCUGUCUGGACGACUCGACCAGCUAGGGAGAAGUUAGCUGAACUCCUCUUCGAGAAGUACCAGGCACCAGCGUUCUUCCUGGUGAAGAGUGCCGUGUUGGCAGCUUUUGCUAAUGGCAAGUCAACGGCUUUAGUGGUGGACGCUGGAGCCAGUCAGACUUCUGCUGUUCCUGUUAUUGAUGGCUAUGCCCUCGUAAAUGCUGCUGUCCGCUCCCCAGUGGGUGGAGACCACCUCGCAGCUCAAGCUAAGCAUAUGCUGACUAAUAUGCAUAUACAGAUGCUGCCUAUAUACAGUAUACAGAGUAAGGAGGUGAUAAGAGAACGUGAACGCGGUCGCUAUACGUUGAAGACUUUGCCAGCAGGAUUGACGCACUCCUGGCAGCAAUAUAUGCUGAAGAGACAGUAUGAAGACUUCUGUCAUUGUGUAGCACAGGUAUCAGAAAGCCAGUACGACGAGCGGACAGCAGCAUCAGUGCCCUUCAGCCACUACGAGUUCCCCGGCGGCUACCACCAGGACUUCGGUCCCGAGAGGUUCAAGCUCACCGAGUGCCUGUUCGAGCAGUCUCUUGGAGCCCCGCAGUUAGUAUGCGCGGCGGCGUCAGCGUGCGACGCGGACGCGCGGCCGGCGCUGUGGGGCGCGGUGGUGGCGUGCGGCGGCCUGAGCGCGGCGCCGGGCUGGUUGGAGCGUCUCGCUAAGGAGUUGGCGGCGAGGGCUCCCUCCUCGCAUCGCCUCAAGACCCACGCUGCGCCUAAUGCUACGGAGAGACGGUUCGCGCCCUGGAUCGGUGGAUCAAUCUUAGCCUCAAUAGGUUCGUUCCAGCAGAUGUGGAUCUCCUCACAGGAGUACGACGAGGGCGGCAAGGGACAGCUCGAGAGGAAGUGUCCUUAAUACACACAAAUAUUGUACAUUAUACAGGCAGAUAUACUAUUUUAUAUAUGUAGAAUCAUCGGUACGAAUCUUGAGCGCUGACUUUCAUCUGCGCAGAAGUGAUUUAUUAGCAAAGAACCAAUCCCGAGUGACGGCUAUGACGCGAUGCGCUGCGGGCCAAUCACCGCUUUAGCCCGCCCCCACGCCUCACUUCAUACCACAAAAGGGACCCAAUAAAUCACUUCUGCGCAGGUGAAGGUCAGCGCUCAAGAUUCGUGCCGAUGAUUUAUAUAAGUUGUUGACGAUAGCGGUACGCCAUUGGAGUAGGCACUUACUUAGCUAAAAGUAAACAGUCUUGAUUGUACUAUUUACAUAUAUUUGUACCAGCAUUAUAUUUUUUAAU